AUGGAGCCUUGGAUGUUUCGUAGGUCAUUGAUUUUAUUGGCUACGGUGGCUGAGGAGGACUGUAUUCAUACAAUGACGCUCACCCAUGGCACCUUCUGGCUCCAGAUACAUGGGGUCCCAGGUUUCUGUAUGACGGUGGCUGUUGCCAAUGCCAUUGGAUCGACGGUGGGUGAGGUACUACGGGUGGACAAUAGGGAUGGGCAAGACUGUGUUGGUCGUUUUAUUCGUGUCCGGGUUCGAUCUAAUGUCCGUCUGCCUUUGAUGAGAAGGACCCCCGUCACUUUUCCGGAAGUGGGGGAGAAGAUCAUAGAGUUUCGCUAUGAGUAUCUCCCAGAAUAUUGUUUUGCUUGUGGUUGCUUGGGGCAUCCCACCCAAGACUGCGUGAAGAAACAUGAGGCUUUAAGAGGCAAACUCAACCCUAAGGACCUUGCUAUUUUCACCUUUGCUUUCAAGGGUCUAGAAGGUGUCAUCAAUUUGUGGGGGAAACCGAUUGGGUCAUCGGCAAGGCGCCUUUCCUCUCAACAGCAUGGCUCGUCACAUACGGAGAGAAAGAAUGGUGGGGAAGGGUCCGGUGGGCACUCUUGGCGUGCGUCUCGUCAUGACUCUGAGGAAGCCAUGGACACGGCCUCCUCUCCUUUUAAACUGCGUCAAUGGCGAGAGGCUUUCCCAUCCAGCCUGGGGAUAGCUCCCAUGACUGGAUGUCGUUCAACAGAUGAUGCUGGGAUAGGGGGUAUCUCCCCCUCUGUUGCUGGCGUGAUAGAUCUCGUUUUGGUGCAGGAUGUCAACCUGGGUGUCAAGAGUACCCCUUCAGCACUUGAUCAGCGGGGCACAGGUACGGUGGCCCCUGUGGCAGGCAUACCUUCUGUUUCGAUGGAUCCCUCUCGGACUGUACAAGUAUCUGUUGGCCCCGUUGGGGGGGACACGAAUGAGGUCAUUGCACAAACUAGUGACCCUUUUAACUUUAUGCCUAUAAUUGAGAAAACAGCACGUAAGGUUACGGGUCGCGGACGUGGGAGGCCAAGGCGGGUGGCAGAGCCCAGCGGGUCUGGUAUACAAGGGGUCUCUGCGCCUUAUCUAAAAAGAAAGCAUAUGACAGAUCAUCUGGGGGUGGACGGUAGCGAGCAGGAAGUUAAUGGUGCUCUCGGAAAACGACGGCUAUGUGAUAAUAUGCCUAUUAUACAAGCGGAGGAGACCAGCCUUGAGGGGUCUCCCCGGUCUCAAUGUUAG